UCAUACUGCUCUUCUCCACUGAAAUCUCAUCUCGGCUCUGUACCAUGCUUCACUUCCAGCAGAACAAAGUGAACAAAGAGAGCUUAGAGCUUCUGCAGAAAAGGAGCGGAAAUUUCCCCUCACAAUGCAUAAAUGAAAGGGCAGCUUUCAAGCCCACCCAGGAUAUUGUCCAACUUUCAGUGGCCCAGAAGGAGAAUGCCAAGGUGGUAAUUCAAGAGAUCCUCCAAGAGAUCUUCAACAUCUUUAGCAAAAACCUCACCCAAAGUGCCUGGGAUGCCACUUCCAUAGUCAGGUUCCAAAAUGGCCUUUACCAGCAAAUUCAGCGGCUGGAGGCAUGUUUGAGAGCACAGAUGGAGAAGGAAUUAACCAACUCGGAAAGUCAGGACCUCCAGAUCACCAGUCGGAGUGUGAAACAAUACUUUCAGGGGAUAGAUGCUUUCCUGAAAGAAAAGCAAUACAGCCUGUGUGCCUGGGAGAUCAUUCACAUGGAAAUACCCAGAUGUUUUGUACUGAUUGACAAACUCACUCGACGGCUCAGUAACUAA